CCGCUGGUGCUGCUGCAGGCGGACAGAACGGAGCAUCCCCUUUAAUGAGAAGAUGUGCCGUUAUUUACCGCAGAACAGCUGGGCGUUUGUGGUUCUUCUGGAACCACAAAUCAAACGUCAAGCUUGUUUGCUGCAGCUACAAAGCAGAAUGUAAAAUGUUCUGGUUCCGGUCCGUUUCUGGGUUAACCCACCUGAUUUUAAUGAAUUUAUUUUGGUUUAAUGUGAGAAUUUGGCACAGCAAAUUGUUGAAACUAAAGGAUGAACCAACCUGAGCGAGUGGCCAGGCUUACGGCCAGUACACUGCAAAAACUCUAAAUCAAACCAAGUAGUUUUGGACUAGUUUGUAGUGCAAAUUUAUGAACCUGUUCAGUCAGGAAUGUGUUCAGUCAGGAACCUGUUCAUCCAGGAAUCAGUUCAUUCAUGGAUCUGUUUAGUAAAGAAUAAGUCCUUUCGUGAAUCUGUUCAUUUGUGAAUCUGUUCAGUCGGGAAUCUGUUCAUUCAUGAAUCAGUUCAUGAAUGUGAAGGCUAAUUUUUCAGCUUUAGCUCACUGAAUCUCAAGAUUUUGUUUUGUUCUUUCCAUUUUUGAACAAAUACCCUUUGGGUUGUAUGCACCAGUUCUUUGAACAUCCUCUCAGUUCAGCCUCUAGGAGUUUGUUUUUAAUCCUUCCGGGUAAAAGUCAGCAGCAGGAAGUCUGGCUUUUAUAACUAAGCAGCCCUGAGAUGACUGUACUACCUUCCGGGUAGUCUCAACUUAUAUAUGUAUUUUUAAAUGCGCUAUCUGGCCACAGUUCCUCUUUUCUUUCAUAUGUGGGUCUGCUUGUGGUGUAAAGAAGGGACGGCGCUUCCAGAAUGUAACGGCGCUGCGCCGGCGGGCGGGGCUUAGCCGCCAGCAGCCAAUGAGAGGCCGGGAUGCCGCUGCGAAGCCCAGCUGAUAAAUGAGUCAAAGCGAGGGGGAGCAGCCUAAAAGGUCUCACUUGUUGCUGAGCAGUAGCAGAGAUCGUCAGCUGACCGCGGAGCUCCGAACCGCCUCGUCCCCAUUCAGAGCCUGGAACCGAACCGGGAGUCCGCCUGCCAGCCCCGCCGCGCUGCCGCCCCACAGGAAGUUUGAUGUCGGCGCCAGUCCAGUAUUCAUGGCCGAUCGGACGCAUCUGUCUCGUCUGUGGACUCUUCCUGGUCUCCUCCCCGCUCCUCUCUGCAGGCCGGCUGAACUGCUCUCACCCUCUGGUACCAGAACAUGGAGGUUUCCGCUGCGACCCGUCUCCAUGCCGCGGGUUUCCUUAUAAAACCGUCCUCCGGAUCUUCUGCGAGAACGGAUACCACCUGGGCAACAAGAAGCCCAGCUCCAGGUGCCACCGGGGGAAGUGGGCGCCGCCCAUCCCGUCCUGCAUCCCCAUGAAAGACGGGCCCAGCAUGAAGCCCGACGGCGACAUGCCCAGCAUGGCCACCACCGCGGUGGGCGUGUCCAUCUUCCUGCUCACCACCACCGCCUGCCUGAUCGUCAAGUCCCGCCUCUACCCCUGCCGAUCGCACAGCCGUCGCUCCUCGGACCAGCUGGACCUGAUGGUGGACGGCCUUUCCGUCUCUCUCCCGUCCUACGAAGAGGCGGUGUACGGCAGCUGGGGGCAGCGCAUCCCUCCCUGCUCCGCCCCGGGACCGACCCAGCUCCUGCUGGCCCAGGAGGAACCCGGCUUCUGCCCGUCGCCUCCAACCGACCAGCCGGACGGCAGCCACCAGCCCCUGCUGUCCAUCCAAAGCCCGGAGAACCCCCCUCCGCCCUACGAAGAGGUCCAGUCGUCCCGUUCCAGAGAGCUGCAGAACGACGGGAACAUCUGCCAUCUAUCGGACGAUAAGGACACUUGAUCGCUGAGGAGCUCCUAUGGAGACGCGAUUGUGACAGCUGGUAAUCUUCAGUGUCUCAUCUGACGAAGAUGAAGGAGGAGCAGCUGAUUCCUCCACCACCUGCACUUUUCCUGAUUGGCUGCAGCUGCGCGGCAUCAGAUCAAAAAUGAUUUUUAUACAAAGCUGACGAAAUCUGAUCGGCCAGCCGUCGGCGCACAGAACGCCGGACUCGUGUAUUUUGAGGUGCAUGAGUCAAUAACAUACUUCUGUUAUUGAUCAUAUCACUUACACAUGUUCAAAAAAUGCUGACUUAGAAGAAAAAAUCCCCGCUGUUGUGUGGCGCCCCUACAGCGGCGCCCAGUGCGUCGACGGAGCUGGCUGAGGACUGAAGAGUUUUUCUAAAUUAAAUGUUGAUUGUAUUGAGUGUGUGUGUUAUGAAUGUAAGCCUCCUGGCCGGUUUCUAAGCUGUUAAACAUUAAUUUAUGUAAAUGUUUUUUGAGGUUUUGCCGUGUUUUCAGUUCUGGAGACGUCGUUUUUCCCUCCCCUCAGUGAUGGGGCUGUGUUACAGGAACGUUUCCCGUUUCCAUGGCGAUCGACUCUACGCCAUUCCUGUCUGAGAACUUUGCACGUCUUCAGGCGCAACCUGACGGUGGUGCGCAGAGUUAUUAAAGUAAUUUAAGCGUUUUAUUAAUUGUACAUAAAAUAAAUAUAUUUGAUGAGAUGAGAACAAUCAAAUUGGUUUCUGUUGUAAUCAGUGGAGAGCGGAAUGUAAAUAUCUAUAUUUUUAAUAUAACAUUUAAAUCUACUAUCUAAGAUUAAUUUUCUUUAAAUCAAACAGACUAAUGGACGUUUUAUGUUUUGCUCUUUAUUUCUUAACCUGCAAAAAAAAAAAAAUUUUUUAAAUCUUUAAAUGACCUAAAAGCUUCGGACACUUUCCUGUUUUUAUUUCUGCAGGGACGCCUUCACAGACCUUGAAUGUAUUUAAUGUUUGAUUUGCUGUACUUGUUAAAAGGAUUGUAAUACUUGCAGAUGACUAUUUGUACAUUGUGUUAUUGCACAGAAUGCUAAUGUAAUAAAUAAAUGGUUCAGGUGUUUA